AUGACGGAGGCCGAAAAGAUAAAGGUGGAGAAGCCUGACUUCGACGCGUACAAUGAGAAGUUGGGCAGCAUUUCGGAGUCGAUUGACCAAGUGAAGAAGAAAAUAGAAAACCUGCAAAAGGAAAUAAAAGUGGCGAACAAAGGUAAAGAAGAAUUCAACAAAAAGAAGAAGGACAUUGUAACAAGAAUCGAUGGAGUACAACAAGAAAUAGACAAACUUGAAAAUGAAAGGAGAAAGAUAUUAGAUGAAAUGGAAAAAAAACAACAGCAUAAGAAAGAGCUGAAGGUAAAUGCACAGAAUAUGAAGAAACAAAUAGGAUUCCUUAAUGAAGAAGAUAUAGAAAAGAAAAUUAAAGAAAUAGAAAAUAAGUUAAUGACAUCAACUAUCUCGAUUAAGGAGGAGAAGCUACUUAUUAAUCAAAUUCAAGCAUUGAACAAGAACAAGCCAUUACUCUCCUCGUACAGUAAAAUGGAAAAUGAAGCUAGUAAGUAUGAUGAUGAAACUAUUGUCCCAUUAAAAAGUCGUAUGGAUUCCAUACGCGAACAAAUUAACAAAUUGAGAAAUGAAAAAAGGAACGAAAGAAAUAAAUUAAAAGAGUUGCAAAAUAGCUAUCAGGAAAAAAACAGUAAACUAAAUGAGCUGAAUAACUUAAGAGAUAGUUACUCCAAAAAAAUGAAUAGCUAUUUUAUUGAGAGAAGAAAUCUAACAGUUGAAAUGGAGGAGAAGAGACAGCAGUAUAGGAGUUACAAAAUUAAUCUACUGCAAGCUAAACAACAAAAAAUGAAAGAAGACAGGGAAAGAAAAAAUCUCGAAAUAGAGAAACAGUCGCUGGAGAAGGAACUCGAAGAUAUAGAUCUGUUGCCUUAUAGGGAAGAGCUAGCUUUGAUUGAAAAUAUGCUCGUUUAUCUUAAGAAAAUACAAGAAGAAACCAAGUUGGAUGAGGCAAAGAAGCAGCAAAGCAACUCUGCUGCAAAGAAGGUUAAUGGAGAUGUGCAGGACGCGGAUAAGCAGAAGCAGGCAGGUGAUGAUGCGGCUGGUAAAGGGAAGAACGAAGGAAAGAAAAGCAAAGGAAAGAAGGACAAGCAUAAAAUUUUCAAACUCGAUAUGAAUAUCCUUUGCUACUUCGUCACGGCGGGCAUAAGCCCCCCCGUCAGCUAUGACGAGGUCGAUUCCUGUAUCACCAAGUUGGUGGAGAAGCGGGAGUUUUACGAGACCAAGCGGGACGAGAGCGUCAAGAAUGUGGAAAACAGGAGGGCAGACCUGACCGGCAAGAUUAAGGAAAUUGAGGACAAAUUGACGGCCUUCAAGCCGAACGACCAACAGAGAGCCCCGAAACCCAACAAGGCCAAGGCCUGA